GGCCGCCCGGCGCUGCCUCCGGGGCGGGGACAGCGGCCCUGGGCGCCUGGCGCGGCGACCCCUCCCGCGGCGCUCAGGCUCCGGGGCGGCGGGUCCCGGCGCGUGGCGGCCGGAGGGGGGCGCAGCUGCCGCCCCGGCUGCCCCGGGGCCCUGUCGCGCGCGCUCGGGCAGGUGCCAGGUGCGCGGUGCCCGGCCCGGCGCCCGCGCCCUCCCGCCCCGCCGCCCGGGCGCCGUGCCCGCCCCGCCCCGCCCGCCGGCCGCCCGGGGCCGCGCCUGCAGCUGCGGUCGGCGAGCCGGGCCGGGCACAGGCCGGGGGCGGAGGGCGGCGGAGGGCGGCCGAGGCUCGGGUGGGGACCGGGCCGGGCGCUGCGGAGACCUGGCUGGCGGCGGCGCGGGGCGCGAUGCGCUGAGCGCCGGGGGGCCGCGCGCGGGGCCAUGGAGCCGGCGGGCACCGGGCGGCGCCGGCCCGAGCGGCUGCUGCUCCCGCCUCUCCCGCUGCUCCUGCCGCUCCUGCUGCUCCUGCCGGCAGCCCGGCCCGCGGGCGCCGAGACGCUGCCGGGCGCCAGGGCCGUGGGCACCAGCGCCAGCCCGCCCAGCCCGGCCAGCGUGGUGGCCCCGGGGACGGCGCCGCUGGAGGAGAGCCGGCUGCCCGUGUUCACCCUGGACUACCCGCACGUGCAGAUCCCCUUCGAGAUCACCCUGUGGAUCCUGCUGGCCUCGCUGGCCAAGAUCGGCUUCCACCUCUACCACAAGCUGCCCACCAUCGUGCCCGAGAGCUGCCUGCUCAUCAUGGUGGGCCUCCUGCUCGGGGGCAUCAUCUUCGGCGUGGACGAGAAGUCGCCCCCUGCCAUGAAGACGGACGUCUUCUUCCUGUACCUCCUGCCCCCCAUCGUGCUGGACGCGGGCUACUUCAUGCCCACCCGCCCGUUCUUCGAGAACAUCGGCACCAUCUUCUGGUACGCCGUGGUGGGCACGCUCUGGAACUCCAUCGGCAUCGGCGUGUCCUUGUUCGGCAUCUGCCAGAUCGAAGCCUUCGGCCUGAGCGACAUCACUUUGCUGCAGAACCUGCUCUUCGGCAGCCUGAUCUCCGCUGUGGACCCCGUGGCUGUGCUCGCUGUCUUUGAGAACAUCCAUGUCAACGAGCAGCUCUACAUCCUGGUCUUCGGGGAGUCCCUGCUGAACGACGCGGUGACAGUGGUCCUGUACAACCUGUUCAAGUCCUUCUGCCAGAUGAAGACCAUUGAGACCGUGGACGUGUUUGCCGGCAUUGCCAACUUCUUCGUCGUGGGCAUCGGCGGCAUGCUGAUUGGCGUGCUCCUGGGCUUCAUAGCGGCGUUCACCACUCGGUUCACACAUAACAUACGGGUGAUCGAGCCACUCUUUGUCUUCCUGUACAGCUAUCUGUCCUACAUCACCGCCGAGAUGUUCCACCUCUCAGGCAUCAUGGCAAUCACCACUUGUGCAAUGACCAUGAACAAGUAUGUGGAGGAGAACGUGUCUCAGAAAUCCUACACAACCAUCAAGUACUUCAUGAAGAUGCUGAGCAGUGUCAGCGAGACCCUGAUCUUCAUCUUCAUGGGCGUGUCCACCGUGGGGAAGAACCACGAGUGGAACUGGGCCUUCGUGGGCUUCACGCUGGCCUUCUGCCUGCUCUGGAGAGCCCUGGGUGUCUUUGUCCUGACUCAGGCCAUUAACUGGUUCCGGACAAUCCCCCUGACCUUUAAGGACCAGUUCAUCAUUGCCUACGGAGGGCUCCGAGGGGCCAUCUGCUUCGCGCUGGUCUUUCUCCUUCCUGCGGCCGUGUUUCCCCGGAAGAAGCUCUUCAUUACGGCUGCGAUCGUCGUCAUAUUCUUCACUGUCUUCAUUCUGGGGAUAACCAUUCGGCCGCUCGUGGAGUUUCUCGAUGUUAAAAAGGCCAAUAAGAAGCAGCAAGCCGUAAGUGAGGAGAUCCACAGCCGGUUCUUUGACCACGUGAAGACUGGCAUCGAGGACGUCUGCGGACACUGGGGCCACAACUUCUGGAGAGACAAGUUUAAAAAGUUUGAUGACAAAUACCUGCGGAAGCUUUUGAUUCGGGAAAACCAGCCCAAGUCGAGCAUUGUGUCCUUGUACAAGAAGCUGGAGAUAAAGCACGCCAUCGAGAUGGCGGAGACCGGGCUGCGGAGCGCAGGGCCUUCGUUUGCGUCUCUCAGUGACUGUCAUGAAGAAAAAAUAAGGAAGCUUACGCCUGGUGAAAUGGAUGAAAUACGAGAAAUAUUAUCAAGAAAUCUCUAUCAAAUCCGCCAGCGAACUCUGUCAUACAACAGACACAACCUGACGGCUGAUACGAGUGAGAGACAAGCCAAGGAGAUCCUGAUCCGCCGAAGACACAGUUUGCGAGAGAGCAUUCGCAAAGACAGCAGCUUGAGUCGGGAGCGCAGGGCAUCCACGUCAGCCUCCCGGUACCUGUCCUUGCCCAAAAACACAAAGCUGCCGGAGAAGCUGAAGAAGAGGAAUGUCCCUAAUGCAGGUGGCAACAGCAGUGACUCGGAGGCGGAUGCCGGGACCACCGUCCUCAACCUGAAGCCCCGCGCCAGGCGCUUCCUGCCGGAGCAGUUCGCGCCGAGAGCGCCCCCCGCCUGCAGGAUGGAGUGGAAGCACGAGGUGGACGUCGGUGCUGCCGGGCAGUCCUGCCCGCCGCCCCCGCGCAGGGAGGGGGCCACGCAGACCCCGGGCGCGCUGCGGCAGCCCCUGCUCCCGCACGGCCAGCUGGGCCCGGGGCGGGAGGGCCCCCCGGCGGACAGCCAGCGGCCCAGGCCGCCCCCCAGGCUGGUGCGAAGGGCCUCGGAGCCCGGAGGCCCCAGGGCUCGCUGGGGGAGUGAGCGGCCCUAGCCCAGGCCUGGCAGCCCGCACCGCUGUCACUGCUCCCAGCAGACCAGGUCCCCCCCGGCCGCGCCCUCUGGGCGUCACGCCCUGGACUGGCGGACGGUUGCUUGUCCCAGGAAGAGGAGAGCCUGCGAGAAGCCCAGGACGUGUCUAUGAGUUGAGCAGUUGUAGUCUUUGCAGAGCUAAGUAAAACAUGUGUGCCUUCAUUGAACUUCAGUGACUGAAUUUGACAUUUUUAGCUCACUCUGUCGGUGAAAAUUUUAAUAUAUGCAUAUGCCUCAAUUUUUAUUUAUGAAAAAAUGUGUUUAUCUGUGGUCAGUUGUAAGUGAA